UUAUUUAAUUGGAACACUAAACAACUAUUUAUUUACCUCACAGCGGAAUAUAAAACGGAUCGAAAUCCGUUAAAUCAAAUCGUACUAUGGGAUCGUAUAAUGCUUAAAGGUCAUGAUCCAAGACUAAUCGUCACCGAUGUUCCAGAAUAUGUCUUUACAGAUGAUGGUCAUGGCUUAAAGGGCCAUAAGAAUGUAACAUUACGUCUAUCCUGGAAUAUCAUUCCGAUUGCAGGGCUAUUACCUAGAAUUGAUAGUGGGCACUAUAGCUUUGCAAUGCCGAAUGAAUACUUAAAAAGGCGGUCAUACUAA